UCUCUCCCGCAUUCAACGUUUCUCUCUUUGAUUUAUAGCUCUAAAAGUCUAAUCUGUUUACUAUUUCCUGGUUUUCCAUUUUCUUGGGAUUCUGAGUUCCACUGCCUCCCUAAUUCCCCAUGAGAGAUUCCUCAACAAUUAACGGUUAAGACUAUAGACUUGAGAACCCAAACCAGCUUUUCUUCAGGAAGAGUUUGAUGGCGACGCUCAGUCUCUUUCAACUCAGCACUCUUUCAACUCAGCACUCUUAUUUACUCCUUCUAGUAUCCCCUUUUUCUUGAUCUUGACAAUCUCACACCCCCCACUUUUCCAUCUGGGUCCUUUUCCUUUUCCUCUUGUCAGUCCCCACUUUUUCAAACCAAAUAACUAAGCUUUUUUCCGACACUUUCUCUUUGCAGUUUGUUUGUUUCUUUUGGGGUUGAAUAUGGGUGAUAGUCUGUCUGGUUUCUUUGAUGAUAAUGAGUUCGGAGAGAGCAACUUGGGCAGCGAUGAUCUUUUUAGUAAUGAUCUUUUUAGUAUCUUUGAGAGCCUUGAGGGUGUGGUGGAGUUUCCACCUGUUGAUGAGGUUGUGGUUGGGUCAGGUGAAGAAACGCCGAGACUGGUCUCUCAGAAAUCCGCAUCGUCCUGCAGUGCUUUGCAAGAGUCGGAGACUGAGCUUGAAAUAUCACCAAAGAGCAGCAAGAGGCCGAAGCUUAUGACUUCCUCAGAGGAAGCAAACCCUGAAGGGCAACAAAAGGUGUCUCAUAUAACUGUGGAACGCAACCGAAGGAAGCAAAUGAACGAGCAUUUGUCUGUGUUGAGGUCACUUAUGCCUUGCUUCUAUGUCAAAAGAGGAGAUCAAGCAUCGAUAAUUGGAGGGGUGGUCGAUUACAUCAAUGAGUUGCAGCAAAUUCUACAAUCGCUGGAGGCCAAGAAGCAACGAAAAGUUUACACCGAAGUUCUAAGCCCUAGGCUAAUUCCAAGUUCAAGUCCAAGGCCUUCACCACUUAGCCCUAGAAAACCACCUCUAAGCCCUAGACUAAACUUACCCAUUAGCCCAAGAACCCCACAGCCAACUAGCCCUUACAAGCCUAGGGUGCAACAAGGUUACCUCUCCCCCACAAUGGCUACUUCACUUGAGCCAUCUCCUUCAUCUUCUUCCACUUCCUCCAAUAUUAAUGAUAAUAUCAAUGAGCUCGUCGCGAAUUCAAAGUCUCCAAUCGCAGAUGUGGAGGUGAAGUUUUCAGGUCCAAACCUUCUUUUGAAGACAGUGUCUCCUCCAAUUCCUGGCCAAGCUAUGAAAAUAAUUUCCACCCUGGAAGACCUCUCUCUUGAACUUCUCCAUGUAAAGAUCAGUACAGUCGACGAAACCAUGCUCAAUUUCUUCACCAUUAAGAUUGGAAUUGAAUGUCAACUCAGCGCCGAGGAACUCGCUCACCAAAUUCAGCAAACAUUCUGCCAAGUCCACUAAGAUAAUUUGAUGAGUCUCAACCCUAACAAGACCAUUGUCUCUCACUAUCAGCUGAAGAAGUGCACUAAUAAAGGGGAAUGUGGGAAAGGCAUUUACCGACAUUCCUAUUAACUACAUUUGUAAUUUUUAAUCAGUCAUGACCCUGUAUUUUUUUUUUUUUUUUUUUUUUUUCUAAACGAGGCUGAACUUUAUUAGUAAUACUGGUCAUUUUCUAUGAUAGAAAAUGACCUGUAUUACUAUAUUAGGUAGUGUAACCCUCUUGUAACUGAGUUCUCAAUAUUUUAGUCAAUCUAUGAAUUUCAAUUUUCAUUUCCAAAGUUCUAA